AUGUCUUUUCAAAUGGAUUUAAGUCAAGAACUACAAAGUCUUUUUGAUAUUAGUGAGGAUUUGUUCUCAGACAUGACUGAAAAAAGUACAUGUUUUCCUGAAGUUAUCACUGAAGCUGCGUUGGAAAAGCAGAGAAUUCAAAGAAUACCCAAGAAAACACGACAAAAUAACCAAUUUGCGGUAAAUGUUUGGGUUGCCUGGGCAACCAACAGGAACAAAAGAGCUGAUAUGCUUCUUGAUAAAUAUCAAACUGUCCCUUUGACUUUUAAAUCCAUAUCAAAUGAUGAAUUAGACUUCUGGAUGAGUCGAUUUGUAAAUGAAGCCCGCAGAAAAGAUGGAUCCAAAUACCCUCCAAAUACAGUAUACAACAUCGUAGCAGGCAUUCAGAAGCACAUUAGGGAAGAAUGUAGUAGGCCAGAGAUUAACAUCUUCAGUGACUCUAAUUUUGCCAAUUUUCGUGCUACACUUGAUGCUGUCAUGAAAGAGAGAGUGUCUGAAGGCAUUGGUGUUGUGAAGCACACCCAAAACGUAACAAUCGAUGAUAAAAAUGAAUUGUGGGAAAAGGGUGUGAUUAACAAAACAACUGCAAAGGGUUUGAGUUAUGGUGUGUUCUUUUACAAUUCAAAGGUCUUUGGAUUGAGGGGCUUAAGCGAACAUAAAGAGCUGCAGGCUCAGCAAUUCACCAUUUCAACAGAUCGAAUCAUAUAUAAUGAAUCUAUGUCGAAAACUGUAAAGGGUGGCCUUAAAGACAGAAAAUUGACACCUAAAACCAUUACCCAAUUUAGUAACCCACAAAAUCCAAGAUGUGUGGUAGAUCUUUUUACUCUGUAUUUAUCUUCCAUACCAAACAAAGGCCCGUUUUACAGAAGACCCCUCCCCCCUGGAAAAGAAAAUAUUGUUAAAUUUUCAUCACAAGUUGUAGGUAUUAACACCCUUGGUAAGUACAUGCAGUCAAUGUUUGAUGAUGCUGGAAUUGACAAGAAAGUUGUAAAUCAUUCAGGCAGGGUAUACUGCUGUUCAACUCUGUACAAUGCUGGGUUUGAGGAGCAGGAGGUUAUGAAACGCAGUGGGCAUAGGAGUUCUGCCGUUAGAACGUACAAGAGAGCAUCUGAAGAAAAAGAAAAGGAAAUUUCAAAUGCUCUGCAACCUCCUGCUCCUAAAGUCCAGCGGUGUAUAGAGAGUGAAAGUGCACCAGCCACAAUUCCACCAUCAACAUUGACUUCAGGUACUUCCAAGGGUCAACCUAGCAAUGUUUUGAGGCUAGAGAUACCAUUGUGUAUUGACACUAUUGUCAUAAGCAAAAAUGGAAAAGACAUCACACUGUCUAUUUAG